UGUAAUGGGAGAUGGUCUGAAGAUGAUGGAUUCAGCGGUUUAGUACUAGCUAGCCCAUAAGUUGUGUCAAAAUGCAGACUGAGGACAUAACAAGCAAACCAUACUACUUCGCCAACUUCAGGAAUACCACCGAGGUUGCGGAUUAUCUGAAGCUUAAAGCAAAGGGUACAGUAGGGGUAUUCCUGGUGCGACCAAGCUUUAAGAACCCCCAGAACCUUACUGUGUCUGUGGUUGUGAAGGAUAAAACAGUGCGCCACACCAACAUUAUAGUUGACUACAAUGGCAGCACUCGUACCUACUAUCUUGUGAAGGAGAAGCAGUUUUGUACGUUACAGGAUUUGUUGGAAUAUUACAGAACUAACGAUGUGAAGAAUCUUGAAAAAGUGAAUCAUGUACGGUUUCUGAAACCAGUGAUGCGGUCUGUCAGAGGAAGUAGUCAUGAUGACAGUUCCUCAAAUUCUAGCAACACAUUAUGCCCACCACAAGCGCUUGCGCCUGUCCCUUUUGACAGACCUCCCCUUCCAAGCCGUCCUACUACCCUCCAACGUCGUCAUAACAACAGCAGCAGCAGCCAGAACAGUUUGUUGAAUUCAACUUCUUCAAUGCAAGAUUUAUCUCCCAUGGAAUUUGCUACUGGGUCUUCAAGGGGAUUUGCUCAAAACUACUUCCCUGACACCUUUUCUCCUUCCUCACCAGGAUCAGUUGAUGAUCGCCCUCCAGCCCCCCUCCCUGGAGGUCACAAGACUGGUGGUCUGUAUUACUCCACACCCAGGGAUGUGGAUGUUGAUAUCAGUGAUAGACUUAAAGAAGUAUUAAAACAGAAUGACAGAUGUGACUGUGGAAUUCCUCGUGAAAUGGCAGAUAUGCCUUUAGGUUGGACCGUUCACAAAAGUAAAGAUCCAGGUACCUAUGGUAGACUGUUUUUUCAAAAUGUUCAAGGUGUUACGACAUGGAAGAUUCCCGCUGAAGUGCAGGCAAAUAUGACAGUGCAGCAAAACUACAACAUCAGAACUCUUACUGAAAUGUUUUCUAACCGUGAGCCUAGGCCGCCUUACUCACCUUCCGCCUCAACUGGGAGUGACAUCAGUGAUUUCAGACCAGAUUCUGGACGCAGGUCCAACUUUACUGUAUAUGGUGGCCAAAGUUCAAAUAUGACCACAACACAGUUUUAAUGAUUAAAUGGUGAUCCAUAUAUUAAUGAAAUUGGUGGUAUGGAAAAAAAUCAGUUUGUGCUGACUGUGAUGUGAUACAAGGAGAAUCAUGUAUGAUAUUACAUUUUGUUCACGGCAGUCUUAGUCAUUUCCAUGAAUUGUGUUCCAGCAAGAGGUUGAAUUUGUUAUGGUAAAUCACAGUAAUGUAGAUUGUUUCAGGAGGUAGUUUAAUUGUGCAAUGUGAAAUUCACUCUAGAUACGAAAAAAAAUUUUUGCAGAUCUUCCAGAAAAGGAAAAUAUGUUAAAAAUAUUUACCACAUUAGAAAAAUUCCUAUUUUAUAUAAUAAGAAAAUGAUACUUGCUCAUUUGCUUUAUGGUAUGACGUUGCUUUUACAAGGAAAAAAAUAUAUUGUUACAUUAUAUAGUACCAUCAGUACCCAGUUAUUUUGUACCAUUGAUUGUGUCUAAAUUCAGAGUUACUUCCCUUGGCUUACUUCCUCAUUGAGGUUUGAUAUACAAAUAAAUAUAAAUUUAAUAACUGAAUUGAAAUACAGUCUACCAGCAUUCAAAUAUCACUUUUGCUUAAUAUGUAUCGUAUAUUUAUAUAUUUUUAGAUUUUUGUUUAACUUUUAUU